AUGGAUACGCUUGCUUCUUUUCUUCCGGCAGCUCUUUGCAAAACUGAACUUUUCUCAAGGUUACCGCUGUUUCCUGCACAUUCACCGAAGCAGUACUUAAAGCUUUGCGGAGAAGAUGUGUUUGUUGAUGGUCCAUUUGAAGUGCAUCCUGUUCGGAUUAAUUCGGUAUCGAUGGAAUCGAUUGAUGCGAUACUGGUAUCGAACUGGAUGUCUCUUGUUGCUUUACCGUUCUUCACUGAAAAUACCAAUUUCUCAGGCGCUGUGUUUGCAACGGAUCCGACUCUUCAGCUUGGCCGUGAACUUUUCUCAACGUUGCCAUUGUUUCCUGCACAUUCACCAAAACAGUACUUGAAGCUUUGCGGAGAAGAUGUUUUUGUUGAUGGUCCAUUUGAAGUGCAUCCUGUUCGGAUUAAUUCGGUAUCGAUGGAAUCGAUUGAUGCGAUACUGGUAUCGAACUGGAUGUCUCUUGUUGCUUUGCCGUUCUUCACUGAAAAUACCAACUUCUCAGGCGCUGUGUUUGCAACGGAUCCGACUCUUCAGCUUGGCCGGUCUUUUCCAAACGCUCCGUCAAGUGAUCCGCGUGAAUGGACCUCAUUCUACUCGCAUGAGCAAAUGGAGAAUUGUUUGGCCAAAGUGCAGCGUAUAUCAUUUCGGGAGUCUGUGGUAACUAAUGCUCACUUCUCCUGUCAUAGCAUCUAG